AACGCCAGGAGGAAAUCUCCAUGUUCUCGCGAGACCUCUCAUGCGCACGCACCGUUCCCGAGGCAACGAAGCAGCGUGAGGACGGGAGUUUGGCCCUCGCCGGCUGCCGUUCGCACCGCGGGACUGGAAGCGUUAAACACAGAGCCAAAAUGAGCGAGAAGACAGACUCUGGUGACUCUACAGAUGCUGGUGAUUCAGCAGAAAAUGGAGAAUAUGAGGAUGAUUUUGAAAAUGACCUUGAGUGGCUAAUUAAUGAAGAAGAAAUGUCAAGCCUUGGUGAAACAGAGAAAGAAGAAGAUAUUGAAACAAAAAUUGAUAAAGAAUUGGAAGACUGUGAGGAAAGUGAUGAUAGUAAGGAAAAAGAAGAAUCUAUAGAUCAGCUUUCUGAGCCUGACAUAGAUCUGAAGGAGAGUCCAACAAACAAAAAAUACCUGGAAGCCACACCAGAAGUUCAGCAGCUAGACCUUACAUCUGACAGUGACAGUGAAAGCUCCAUCCAGGAGUCCAAGCUGGAAAACCAGGAGGAACUGGAUGAGGAAGAUGAAGAAAUAAAACGCUACAUCCUGGAAAAGAUUGAAACCGCCAACAAGCUCCUGGAGAACCAAGCACCUGUGGAUGAAAAUAGAGAACGUAAACUAAAAUUCAAGGAGAAACUAGUAGAUCUAGAAGUUCCCCCUCUGGAAGAUGCAGAAGCACACAACAGCGAUCCUGAAAGUGAAGGGAAGAUUUUAGUUGGGCUAUCUCAGUUGUACAUUUCUAAUGAACCAGGACAGGAAGGCAAGGCUCCUUCACUUGAGGGCAAGGAUGAGGAGCACAAGGAUGGCAAGAUCCUAGUAGAGAAAGAUGGAAAAUUUGAACUCCUGAGUUUACGUGAUAUUGAGAGCCAGGGCUUUUUGCCCCCAAUAAGUGUUUCUUUCACAGACAUUGAAACUCAGCCUACCUCUCCCAGGUCUUCUCACCCUGCUGCUUUUGGCACCCCUGCUCGAACAAAGGAAGAGUCUGUAGCACAACGGGGAGUAAAUUCUUUCUCUCCUGUAGGGGAACAUUGUGUGUAUUUCCCUAAGCCACCACCUAAUCCUAAGUGUCGUCCAAAAUCAGCCACUAGCAUUGCAAAGAAUGUGGGAAGGGGGAAGACUCCCCACAGGGUACAGUCUGCGGACAAUGUACCUUUGAGAAGCUCCACCUACUGCCUUUCGCCCAGGCAAAAAGAGCUACAAAAACAGAUAGAACAAAAGAAGGAGAAACUAAGGAAAGAGGAAGAAGCACAGAAGAGAGAACAAGAGGAGCAGAAGAGAAGAGAGAAUGAGAUGGUCUUUAGAGCUUGGUUGCAGAAGAAAAAAGGACAAGUGCAAGAAGAAAAGCGAAUUCAGCGUGCAAAAGAAAUGGAAGACUUGAACAGUAGACAGGAGGACAGAAAUCCAGAGGAAGCUUUUAAGUUAUGGCUUAAAAAAAAGCACCAAGAACACCUGAAAGAAAAACAGAUGGAAUUUUUGAAACACCAGGAACAGUCCGUGAACUUCUUUCCAAGAACAGAGGACUGUGACAGAGCCUUUAGAGAAUGGUUAAAAAGAAAGAGGAAGGAAAAGCGUGCAGAAGAACUGGCUGCCAAGGAACGAUCAAGGCACCUUAGGUUAGAAGCCAGAAGAGCAAAACAAAUCCAGAAUAUCAUGUGUACCAUUUCUGAACCUAAAUCCUUCCGUUUCACUGACCAUUAUAGCUGAAGGUUUGAUGUGUCCACAGAUAAUUGUUGGUGUUGGCUCUUACCCUUUCAUGGCUUGAGUGGUUCUUUGCAGUUGCUGUCUCUCUCUGGUAUUUUAAAGCUCUUUAAAUAAUAGCUUUUAAGGGAUCUUUUAACUGACAGGGAUAUUUACUACUUAUUUAUUUUGAAUUUGAAAUGACAAACCUGAUUUUGUUGUGCAUAUGACUCAGGGGUCUUCUUGGUCCUAUAGAGCCCAAGUGAGAAUAAAUGUCUUUAUUGCUGUGGCAAGUGUAAAUUCAUAUAUAUGUAUAUUUAAAUACGUGUUUGGUCUUAAUGUCUAAUGGAUCCUUUAAUGAGGGAUGCAGUGUACAAAAUAUGAAGUAUUAAUAAUUUAUGGAUGAAUGCAGUGCUGUUUGCAGCUGCUCUUAAAGACUACACAUGUGCUUCAGCUGGUGCUGAAUGCUCAUCUGUCAUUUGAUGGAGAGACUGACAGAAGACCAGCCUUCAAUUAUGAUGAUUGUUUGCCUGUGGAACAGUCUUGUGUGAGAACUUUUAAAGCAAAUCUGUUAAGUGAGUUUGAGAGUAUCUUUACAAACAACUUUUUAGGCUCAAUUUGCUGAGACUCCAGUUAUUUUCUAACAUUAAGAUCUUAAAAUGUAGAAUUAAAAUCCUAUAUCUGGGAGCUGCAGUGGACCAUGUGUACCAUCAACUUAAGUAGAAAGAUUGGCUAUUAUUGUUGACCUCCUUAGAACGUGUUGGGUGUUCCAACAGAUUCAGGACAACCAUUUAAUUCUCAGUAUUUGUAAGGGUUUUGAAAAAAAUCUGAACCUGUGUUAACUGGCGGAAAGUCUUCUAUUCUAAAAGCCUUUAAAGGGCCAGAGUCUAAUAGGGGGUUGAAUUAGAGGCUAAUGUACUCCAAGGGUGGUCCCACUGAAAUAAUGGGAUUGCUCAGUGAGUAAGUUGUUACUCCUGAGAGUCAGGAGCCUAAUGUAACCAUGUUAAGAGAUCUAUUAAAUCUUUUUACAA